AUGCCUCUCAGCCCCGGAUCUCCCCUUCUGUUCGACACUGCGGCCAGCACUAUUGUAAAACUAUCCCAAUUUGUUUCCCAACUCCGCUUGGCGUGUGUAUAUCACGCGUACUUCUCGCUGCGCAACCCAUCAUUCAAACUAGACAACCUGCGCCGGAAAUUUCGCUUUCUUCUCAGCAUGUUGAGUCGCGAGCGCCUCACCUGCUAUUUCGAAGCCACAUUACACGCCCGGAUCCAGCCAGAACGGAUGACCGAGUGGGAAGAUAUCCCGUUUUUCAGCGUCGGUGGCGCGGGAACGCAUUACCUCCGGCCUUCUUCAUCGAAUAUCAGCCCUCUUCCCCGGAGAGAUGGAGUUCGGGGCUCUGUGCGCGAGGACCCCUUGUCCGGAUUUCCUGUGGGGGUGCAAGGGGAGAUGAGUGGGGAAUGGUUUGAUAUUCGAGAUCUCGAAGGGUUUCUGCAAGAGAAAGAUUUUGCUCUGCUCACGCAUCCACCGACGGAGAAGCAGGGCUCAUUGAGGCAGGCUGUGAUUAGCGCUUCGAGUUUGAUCAAAAUUCUAGUAAGCACGUGUAUCUGCCUCGGCCGCUCGCCUGGAUGGCGACGAAAUGAUGUUGAAAAUGCCGUGCGAAUAGCCUUGUGCACAUGA